UGGUUCUGGGGAAGCAUUCAAAUGGAUGCCAGAGCUGGAGAGUCCAUGUAUUUAUUUGAGAAGUCAGAGAGUCCUGGCCUCAAGAAGUCUGUGUCACUACUUUCUCUGAAUACUCCAAACAGCAAUCGUAAAAGACGCCGUUUGAAAGAAACUCUUGCACAACUGACCAGAGAAACAGACAUGUCGCCAUUCCCUCCUCGGAAACGCCCAUCAGCUGAACAUUCGCUUUCUAUUGGGUCCUUGCUGGAUAUUUCUAACACUCCAGAAUCGAGCACUGCCAAUGGAGAAACGCCAAAAUCCUGUGCAAGGCCUUCCAAAAACUCAACUCCUCUCCCACUAAAGCAGUCAGCAAGAUGGCAGGUUGCAAAGGAAUUGUAUCAGACAGAAAGCAACUACGUUGAUAUUCUAACAACAAUCAUUCAGUUAUUUCAAGUUCCGUUGGAGAAGGAAGGACAACUUGGAGGACCAAUCCUUGCACAGGAAGAGAUUAAGACCAUAUUUGGCAGCAUUCCAGAUAUUCUCGAUGUGCAUACUAAAAUCAAGGAAGACCUGGAAGAUCUUAUGAUGAAUUGGACUGAAAGCAAAAGUAUUGGUGAUAUCAUUCUUAAAUAUUCAAAAGACUUGUUGAAAACAUACCCUCCAUUUGUGAAUUUCUUCGAAAUGAGCAAGGAGACUAUUACUAGAUGUGAAAAACAGAAGCCAAGGUUUCAUGCCUUCCUAAAGAUAAACCAAGCUAAACCUGAAUGUGGCCGCCAAAGCCUAGCUGAACUCCUUAUCCGUCCUGUUCAAAGGCUGCCUAGUGUUGCUCUACUACUAAAUGAUAUUAAGAAGCAUACAUCAGAAGAGAACCCAGAUAAAAUAACUCUAGAGAGAGCUAUUGAAUCAUUAAAGGAAGUGAUGACACAUAUUAAUGAAGACAAAAGAAAAACAGAGGCACAAAGGCAGUUCUUUGACGUUGUCUACGAAGUUGAUGGAUGUCCAGCCAAUCUCUUGUCCUCUCACCGAAGCUUAGUUCAGCGUUUGGAAACUGUAGCACUUGGUGAUGACCUCUGUGACAGGGGAGAACAGGUCCCACUAUCUAUCUUUCUAUUCAAUGAUUGCCUAGAGAUAGCGAGGAAAAGGCAUAAAGUUAUUGGUGCUUUCAAGAGUCCGCAUGGCCACACAAGGCCUCCUGCAUCUCUUAAACAUGUUGUUCUCAUGCCUCUCUCCCAGAUCAAGAAAGUCCUAGACAUCAGGGAGACAGAAGAUUGCCAUAAAGCUUUUGCUUUAGUUGUGCGGCCACCUACGGAACUCAACAACAAGCUACUCAGUUUCCAGAUGACAACUGAAGAACCUCCUAAAGAAGAUUGGUUGAAGAUGCUGUGUCGGCACGUGGCUAACACUAUUUGUAAAGCAGAUGCAGAAAAUCUCAUUUAUACUGCUGAUCCUGAUUCAGUUGAAGUAAAUACUAAAGAUAUGGACAGUACUUUAAGCAGAGCAUCCAGGGCAAUAAAGAAAACAUCAAAAAAGGUUACAAGAGCAUUUUCUUUUUCAAAAACACCAAAGAGAGCUCUUCGAAGGGCUUUAAUGUCGCAUAGUGCAACAGAAGGAAGAAGUCCCACUUCAGCUAAUGAGAGUUAUAUAGGCAGCCGACUGACUAGUACGUCGUCAUUAGCGGGUAUUUCUUCUCCUUCCUUGGUCAGUCUUCCCUCAAUCUUCGAAAAAAGGAGUCAUACAUUAAGUCGAUCAACGACCCACUUGAUAUGAAGCAGGUUUAAAAUACAAUGCUGUAUUGUAGUGACUGACAAGCAGCUGGCUGUUCAAAUGACCUGUUACUGACAUUAAUGGUACCUUAGUCAUUAGCACUUAGCAAUGAUUAGCAAAAUGUUAGAUAACACUAAGUUAAUCACAAGGGAUUUUUAGUUGUAUUGAAGCAGAUCAGCUAAUCAGUGGAAUAAGUAACUUGGUCUUCAUUUAAGACACAGUAUUCCCUUGCACAAAUUUAUCUUCUCACCAACAUGAUGGAAGCAUUUUCUUUUAUGGAAAUUGUCCCCUCUAGGCAAUAAACUAAUUUGUCAGAUUUUGAAAGGAAGAUGAUGUUCACAUAACUUACGGCUAGUUUAGAUGACUCUUAUGCUUGCCUAACUUCAUCAACUGGCAGAGCACUCUGAUGUUUGAAUUGUUGAUUUCUUAAAUGGAGAUGCAUUAUGAAGUACCUGACCUUUCAAGUUAACCUGUUGUACAGCUGCUUAUUCCAGAUAUUUUAUAAAUGUAGUUGUUCAUAAAGAAAUAGAAUUGAGUUUCUGCGAUUAUG